AUGGACAUCAACAAAACAUUCACGGUGCAUUGUAUGCGGGUGGCCUCGUCGGUCACGGCACCGGACCCCAGCAUCCUCUCGCAGCGCCUGCGUGACUACCUAGCCGGCGACACGGUACGCGGCGUGGAAGUCUCGGUUGACGAGAGCACCGUCGGGGACUCGGGGACUCUGAACGCAAUCGACUGGCAAGUGGACGAGGAGGACGCCGAGGAUAUCAGACAUCGGGUCGAGCUCGCCUACGAGAAGAGCACGUUUCUCGUCUUUGUCCUCCUCUCCCGCAGCCUGCUCUUGCUAUAUGCGCCGGCGCCGAUCCGGAACGCCGUGGUUCGCUUCCUGGCGCAGACGUUCGACACGCGCAUCUCACCGCUGAUCCCAAACCCGGCCACAUUGAUCAGUGUAUUUGAGACAUGGCUGGGAGAUGGUGGCCUGAGCACGAAAAAGGACGUCAUUAUUGCCCUGGGGUUUGGCGACAAGAUUCCUGGUGAGGGACUUCGGUCGAUAGACAUUGCCAUUCCAGCUGAGGACGUGGGCGGAUUCGUUGGUGAGGGCGAGAACUUCUCGGACAACUUGGCAGCCUACAUGGACAAGCACCUUGCGCUGAAUAUGAAACAUGCGGGAGUCAGGAUUGUGAAAAUUGCGUGUGGUGGUUUCGUGCUGGGGGGAGGCAAGAUGAAACUGCUUGAUGAAGCGGCGUCCGCCGUUGUUCUCAAUGGUAUCAGCCUAGAGCACAUUUGA